GUGGAGCCUGCGCGCGCUGGGCCAGCAGGGAUGGGGCCAUGGUGCUGGGUGAUGCUAGGCGUAUCCCUGGGCACCAGGCUGUUGCGGGACGUGGGUGGCAGGCGCGGGCAGUUCGGGGUGUGGGGUGUCAGUGAAGGUGGCUCAGCCAUGGCGGCAGGGGAAAGCAUGGCUCAGCAGAUGGUCUGGGUGGACCUGGAGAUGACAGGAUUGGACAUUGAGAAGGAUCAGAUUAUUGAGAUGGCCUGUCUGAUGAUAACUGACUCUGACCUUAACAUUUUGGCUGAAGGCCCCAACCUGAUUAUCAAACAGCCGGAUGAGUUGCUAGACAGCAUGUCAGAUUGGUGCAAGGAGCAUCAUGGGAAGUCUGGUCUUACCAAGGCAGUGAAGGAGAGUACAAUUACAUUGCAGCAGGCAGAGUAUGAAUUUCUGUCCUUUGUACGACAGCAGACUCCUCCGGGGCUCUGUCCGCUUGCAGGGAACUCAGUUCAUGUUGAUAAGAAGUUUCUUGACAAACACAUGCCCCAGUUCAUGAAACAUCUUCAUUAUAGGAUAAUUGAUGUGAGCACUGUUAAAGAGCUGUGCAGACGCUGGUAUCCAGAAGAUUAUGAAUUUGCACCGAAGAAGGCUGCUUCUCACAGGGCACUCGAUGACAUUAGCAAAAGUAUCAAAGAGCUUCAGUUUUACCGAAAUAACAUCUUCAAGAAAAAGACAGACGAAAAGAAGAGGAAAAUUAUAGAAAAUGGGGGAAAUGAGAAGACUGUUGAGUUGAUGCCAGUUCUCAAGCUGCACAGCCUAGCUCUCCAGAAGCCACCUUAGUGUCCCUCUUUCCUGCUGAUAACUUGGCACAGCACCUUGUCUAAAGAAAAGAAAAAAUUUUUUCCAGUUAACUUUGCAUCUCCAGGCUCCUCAAGCAAACAAGAUAUCA